AAUCAAUGCCUAGGUCUUCAAAAAACGAAAAAGUUGAAAUUCUAAUUGAACGUAAAAUGCAUCGAAUGGUUGAAGAAUUCAAGAAUGAAAAGGGUUUAGAGAAAAUUUUGAAUAUGAGUUCUGAACAUUUUUCAAGGAUUUUUCGUAACAAAUUAUUUGUAUCUUCAGAGGAAAGAAAAAUAUUUAGAGAUACAAUUUAUAAUUUGAAUGAUCUUGUUUAUUAUGAAAAAGAUUUUGAACAUAAAAAAGAAGAGUGA